AAAAGAAAAAGGCCCAAGGAAGGCCCAAUUAUCUUAUACGACGUCGUAAAAGUGCUAGCGGACCGUCGUCGCCUUAUCGUUGGAACUGACUCAAAAAGGAAGAAGACAAGAAGAAUCACAGAGUCAAGCUUCAAUGGUGAUUUUAUCGGCGAGCUCGACCGUGAGAGCUGCCUUGGAUACACAGCCUAGACUCCCAUACAACCCUAACGCGCCUCGGAAAGUGAAGAAAACCCCUAACGGCAACUCUUUCUUACCGCCGCCUUUACCUCCUCCUCCGUCUCCGCGAAUCAGCAUCUCCGUCGACGAUUUGCUCAAGCGACCCGAAAGCAAAGAGUUGACUUUGAGUGAGGAAGUUGUUGAUAGUUACAUGGGGUAUGAGACGUGGUCUCCGAGUCCACCGAAGCUGGAGAAGCCAAGAUCAGUAUUCAAUGCUGCUUCUUUAGCUUUUAUAGGUGAUUCCAUCUAUGAGCUAUAUGCUCGUAGGCAUUUCCUUUUCCCUCCACUUAGUAUUGAAGAUUAUAACGAUCGUGUUAGAGCUGUGGUGCGCUGUGAAGCUCAGUAUGCUUUGCUGAAGAAACUUGUUGAUGAUGAUUUCCUAACAAAGGAAGAGAGGGAUGUUCUCAGGUGGGGGAAGAAUCUAGGCUCGGCUAGAACUCGUACAAGAAGGCGUGCAGGUGUUGCGGUUUAUAACAAAGCAUCAUCACUGGAGACACUGAUUGGUUAUCUGUAUCUGACGAACGGGAAAAGAUUAGAGAAAAUAAUGGAGAAGUUAGGAUUCUCAAGGGACUCUUCGACUGAGAUCAUGAUUGAAAUGGCAAAGCCAAAGCCAAAGCCAAAGCCAUCAUCAGAAUCAAACCUGCCUUCCUUUAUACUCAAUGAGCAAGUAAGCACCACAGUAGUAUAGUAAAGGUUGCCUACUCUCUGGGAUCAUGGAGAAGCUAAAAGAUCAUCAAAUUUUCGUUAGUAGGCCGGUUUAGCAUUUCACUGUUCAGUUAAAUGGAGAGACAUCCAUUAUAUACAAAUGUGUAACUCUAUUCCUACUUGUUCUCAAAUCAAAAUGCCCAUUUUUGUUUCUUCUGUCCCAACUAUGAUGCCUGUACUACUAACAAAGAUAUUAUAUAUAAACAAAAAAAAUCAAUGACAUAAAAUGUCAAGUUGAAUCAUGA